AUGAUAACCACUUGGAGGAUUACUAUUCCAAAAUUAUUGACUGAUCCAGAGGGUCUCUUUCCACCAUACGAAGAGGUAAUAUAUGACGAUGAAGACGAAGAAAUAAAUCAACCUCCAAAAAACCAACAAGAAGACAUGGCGAACAUAAAGAUGAAUAAUAGACAAACAAACAACAAUACCAAUACGGCGUUGUUGAUGCAGAUUCAACAGCUCACCGAUGCAUUACAAAAUGGAACAACUAGCAAUAAUUCUCUCUUAGCUACUCAUGAAUAUCUGGCAGGUGAAAGAAAGGCUAAGACCACCACUUGGCAUAAUCCACUCG